AUGGCGUCACCCGUCGCGCGCGCGUCGCCCAUCGCGCGAACGCGCGCGCGAACGCGCGCGAAUGGACGUCACGGACGACGCGAAACCGUCGCGCGCGCGCUCGAUCCCGCGGAGGCGGACGAUUUUGAGAUCUUAAGUCGCCUGGCCACGGUGACCCUGCGCACGCGCGAGGCCGCGCCCGCGUCGCUCGCGUGGCGAUCCGGGGAGGAUGGAUCGGUGGAGUCCGUCGUGUCGUCGUCGUCGACCGCGAGGGACGCGCUCGGUGACGCGCGGGUGAACGUGUACGCGGCGCGAUGGGCGGUGGAGCCGUCGACGCCGAAGGCGACGGCGAACGAGGACCGGUCGACUGUGAUGCUGAAGGAGUACGCGGGUGUCGACGCGGCGGCGUUCGCGGAGACGGAGGUUCGAGCGUAUGAACGAUUGCUCGAGGAUGACGAGGUGGAUAUCGUGGUGGAUAAGUAUGGAAGAGGUCCCGGGAUGUUGCCAAGACGGAGACUACCGGUGGCGCGCCUGGUGGGGUAUUUUUCGAGCGCCGCGAUGGACGGCCAAGGCGGAAGAAGUCUGUGGACGGCGCAGGAGUGGCACGGCGUGCGUAUGCUGGGAGAGUAUCCCAGAGCUGAACAGGGCGAGACAUCGCGAGCGAUGGGCUUCUGGCCUCCGGUGCAGCGCGUUCGGGACCAGCCGACCAAGGCGCGGGCGAGGUACGUUCGCCGCGCCGUCGAGCAGUGUCUUGCAGGAGUGUGGUUCGCGCACGAGCGAGGCGUCGCGCACGGUGCGAUUGAUGGUUCGACGUUUCUUUGCAGUACGUUCAUGGAUUCAAAGGCGGAUGACCUGGAGGUGCGGUUGAUAAACUUUGGAUGCAGCUCGCUGUGCACGCCGGAGAGUGUCGUCGUCGAUCUGAAGGCACUCGCCGCGACGCUCACCGAGCUCAUUUUUUCCGCCUUCUCCUCUCGCGGGACGGCCGAGUCGACAACCGCGGAGGCGCUUCGUCGAGUUUUCGUGGACAUUCACGAUCUAGACUUUGCUCGUAUACGAGCAUAUUGCGAGGAAGAGCCCGACUGGUCCGACGCGUGCGACUUCUUGGCGGAAAGCGGAGGAGAGUACUGGGAGCUCUUGAAGGAGCUCUGGCGAGCGGAGGAACUCAUGGAUGGUUACGGCGUGACCACUUCCGCGGGAGACUUGGCGGAACGGGCAGGAUAUUUGCGUGAACUCCUGAACGAUUAUUAG